AUGUUCAAGAGCGGCAUUUCCGCCUUUGCCCGGACAGCCCGUCCGUCGUUCGCCGCGACGACUCGUCGCGCCGUUCGCCCGGCCAGCCUCAACUUCCGGGCCCCCGCCCUCAGCAGGUUCGCCAGCACAGCCGGUGUUGGUGACGGCAAGAUCUACCAGGUCAUCGGUGCCGUCGUCGAUGUCAAGUUCGAUACCGACAAGCUCCCCCCCAUUCUCAACGCCCUCGAGACCAACAACAAUGGCCAGAAGCUCGUCCUCGAGGUCUCGCAACAUCUCGGCGAGAACGUCGUGAGGUGCAUUGCCAUGGACGGUACUGAGGGUCUCGUCCGUGGUGCCAAGGCUGCUGACACUGGUGCUCCCAUCACCAUCCCUGUCGGCCCUGCCACUCUCGGCCGUAUCAUGAACGUCACUGGUGACCCGAUCGACGAGCGUGGGCCCAUCAAGACGGACAAGUUCCUGCCCAUUCAUGCCGAGGCUCCCGAGUUCGUUGACCAGUCGACCACCGCUGAGAUUCUGGUGACGGGUAUCAAGGUCGUGGAUCUGCUUGCUCCCUACGCUCGUGGUGGAAAGAUUGGUCUCUUCGGUGGUGCCGGUGUCGGCAAGACCGUCUUCAUUCAGGAGCUCAUCAACAACAUCGCCAAGGCCCACGGUGGUUACUCCGUCUUCACCGGUGUCGGCGAGCGUACCCGUGAGGGUAACGAUCUGUACCACGAAAUGCAGGAGACCUCCGUCAUUCAGCUCGACGGCGAGUCCAAGGUCGCCCUUGUCUUCGGUCAGAUGAACGAGCCCCCCGGAGCCCGUGCCCGUGUCGCCCUUACCGGUUUGACCGUCGCCGAGUACUUCCGUGACGAGGAGGGUCAGGAUGUGCUUCUCUUCAUCGACAACAUCUUCCGUUUCACCCAGGCCGGUUCCGAGGUGUCUGCCCUUCUGGGUCGUAUCCCCUCUGCCGUCGGUUACCAACCCACCCUCGCCGUCGACAUGGGUGGUAUGCAAGAGCGUAUUACCACCACCAAGAAGGGCUCCAUUACCUCCGUCCAGGCCGUCUACGUCCCCGCUGACGAUCUGACGGAUCCUGCGCCCGCCACCACCUUCGCCCAUUUGGACGCCACCACUGUCUUGUCCCGUGGUAUCUCCGAGUUGGGUAUCUACCCCGCCGUCGACCCUCUCGACUCCAAGUCCCGUAUGCUCGACCCCCGUAUUGUCGGCCAGGAGCACUACGACAUCGCCUCGCGCGUCCAGCAGAUCCUCCAGGAGUACAAGUCGCUGCAGGACAUCAUUGCCAUUCUCGGUAUGGACGAACUGUCGGAAGCUGACAAGCUUACCGUCGAGCGCGCCCGUAAGAUCCAGCGUUUCCUGAGCCAGCCCUUCACUGUCGCCCAGGUCUUCACUGGUAUCGAGGGCAAGCUCGUCGACCUCAAGGACACCAUCAACUCGUUCAAGUCCAUCCUGGCCGGUGAGGGUGACGACCUUCCCGAGGGUGCUUUCUACAUGGUUGGCGACUUUGCGUCGGCGCGGGAGAAGGGUGAGAAGAUUCUGGCUGAGCUCGAGCAGAGCGCUUAA